AUGAGUGGGACUCUGGAGUUCUCAGGGGACAGUCAUUUCUCCCACGUGCCAGCAGAAUGCUGUGAAAUCACCUGUGACAUUGAAGCCCACGACUCCAUUCACUUCUUUGUGGUCACCCUCCUGAUCGCCUUCAUCUGCGUGAGGAGCUCCCAGUGGGCCAACUACAGUGCCUUCAGCUACUUCGAAGUGGUCACCAUGUGCGACUUCAUAAUGAUCCUCGCCUUUUACCUCGUCCAUCUCUUCCGUCUCUACAACGUGCUCACCUGUAUCAACUGGACCUUGUCGGAGUUCCUGCACUACGCCAUCGGCACACUGCUCCUCCUCAUUGCCUCCAUUGUGGCCGCCUCCCAGAGCCGCAGAGCCGGGGAACUGGUGGCUGGAUCGAUCUUCGGCUUCCUGGCCACCGUGCUGUGUAUGCUGAGCUUGUGGAUGUCCUACAAGAUCUCCUGUGUCAAACAGUCAGCAGGCUCAGUGUCUGACUUCUUUCCUCCUGGUGAUAGUAUAUCUAGCAAACCACAUAGCAGCUCAGUGAUGAUAAGGGACUUUGCUAAACUGCUGGACUCUCGUUUUCUGCAUCUUUCAUCUACCUUGGUCAGUGGUUGUAGCGUUGAGAUGCAGCCGUGUGAGGACAGCCAUGAGGAGGCUCUGCGGGACAUGAGGACCGGCGAGCGAGGACCCGGAGGCACAGGGUGUGAGAGGAGGACAGCGGAGCAGCCGGAAGCCUGUGAGCAGGCAGGCCGCCUGGCUGGCUACACACAGGCCCAGCCGGAAACAAAUGGUCCUGAACACAGCUGGGCCUGA